GGUUUUAUUUUGAGAAGAUGUUUAUGGGGAUUUGAGAGGGAUGUGAUUCGGCCAUAUUAGGGGACAAAGGGGUGUGAGAUAUAUUGGCUAAUUUGGUUUGUUAUGGUGGUUGAAAUAUGGUGGUUGUGAAGUGGAAAGGGGCAGGCCAGGGAUGGGGUAAAGAGGGGUGAGAUAUGGUUGUUUGUGAUGGGUUUAUACGUCCCACACAUCUCAACAAAUGGGAUGUUUUAUUCUUAGCUUUGGAGUGUAGUUGUAGGGCUUAUUUGGUGGUUAAAAUGGAGGGUGUGUAUGCUGUUUGGGUAGGGAACAAAGGGGGUCCAUGUGUUGGGGUUUAUUAUGGGGAUGAUAUGUGUUGUUUUGGCUCUUGUGUUUCGGCCAGAAUUGAAGGGAAAAGGAUGAAAUAUUUGUGGGUCAUUUUGAAACAAACAAGCCCAAAAGUAAUCCCAAAUCUACCUUCCCUGUUUUUUCCCAAAUCCCAAAUUCCUAACCUUCCCUGUUCUUCCCCUUUACCGCGGACAGACCAGAGGCCAGGAACAAGGGUGGUUCGCAGUAGGAUUUAUACUGUGAUUGAUUCGUGUUUCUUCUUUAAUCUAAUCGAGAUCAGGGUGAGUAAGAGAUGUUCUAUCAGAGCGAAGUUGAACACACAUUGAGAUUGCCCCCCCGCCUCCUCGGUCUCAAACUAGAGGAAGCUAUCAAGGAAGAGCUUGAGGGCCUCUUCGUGGACAAGGUUAUUCCAGAAUUAGGGCUUUGUAUCUCUGUUUAUGACAUUCGCUCCAUUCAUGGUGGUUUUAUUCUCCCGCGAGACGGAGCAUCCACUUAUACGGUGAAAUUCAGACUGAUAAUGUUUCGCCCAUUUGUGGGAGAAGUCAUAGCAGCAAGGCUGAAGGAAUCCACUAAGAUUGGUUUACGUUUAUCGCUGGGGUUUUUUGAUGACAUAUAUGUACCUGCUGCUCUGUUGCCAAGUCCUUCAGAGUUUAAACCUGAUCCAAAAAGCCAAAACCGAGGCAGGUGGUUCUGGAACGACAAUGAAGAUUUUGUCUAUGAUGAUGAAAAUGCGAUUCGGUUCCAAGUUAACACUGUUAGCUACCCUCCAAUACCUCUCAACCAAGACAAAGCAUCCAAGCCAUUUGCACCAAUGUUAAUUACGGGAAUGCUUGAUGUGGGUGGAUUAGGACCCGUUCAGUGGUGGUAAUGAUUUGUCUCCCCUAGCUAGUGUCGUCUUCAUCGAGUGUUAUGGUUAUAUCAUUGUAAGUUAUAGAAGCAAUUCUGAAGAUUUUAGUUGAGAAGUAAUUGAAUUGGUUUCUCCUUUUCAUGUUUCAAAUAAUAAUAAUAAUUAAUGUUUACAAAUCAAUAAUGAGUGUUCGCCUUU